AGUCAUGUCUGAAGCGACACACAGUGUACAACCGGAAAGUGAUAUUGAAACUUCAGAUGUAGAAAACCGUAGAUUAUCAAUGUCAGUGAUAAUCAAGAAGCAAGGGAUAGUAUCCCUGAGACGAUUUAUGGAUUUAUUCAAAAAGAAAAGAUUUAAAACAGGCAAAAACAUCUUUCUGGUUUUUUGCAUUAAAGGUGAAAGUAAACCUGUUCUCGAAUGCUUCCGUAAAGUUCAAGAUGCGUCAUUAAGAAAGAACUAUGAAGAAUUUGAUUUAUCUUUAUCAAAUUACGUUUAUUUCAACGACAUUGAUGGAAUUGUACGAAUUCAUGUUCAAGAUGAUAUCUUUUCAUUUAAAACUGCUAACAUUGAGGAAAGUGAGAAUUGGUAUCAGACAAUAAAUGUUUGUUUACAACAAUUGAGAAUUACCGAGAAAAAAGAAUCUAACGAUUAUGUAGAUUUCGUACCUAGAAGACUAGAAAGACCAAUAAAUAUUAGGAUAUCUGAUUUAGAAGACAGUUCGGAAGAUGAACAAGAAAAUAAUAUGAAUGCUCCGGAAGUUGUCGAAGCUUUAUGGUCUGGUGAAUUAGUAGAGGCUACGUCGCCAAUAACAAGGCAGUCCUCUACAGAAUCUGCAUCGAGAUCAUUGGAAUUUGUCCCUGGGACCACUAGUUCAUUUAUUCAUCGGCAGUCUUUAGUCGGAGAAGCAAUAGUUACAAGCCCAAUGUUACCAGACAGUGAAGAUGUCAUUCCUGCCCCUGAUACACCUACCAGUAUCCACUCUAGGCAGUCAACAUCUUCUGAUUACCGAAACUCAGAAGUUGUUUGCGACAAUGAACUUCCUAUUAAAUAUGAUGGAGAGGAUGCUGUUUUUGGAUGGGAAGCUGCACCGUCGGAUUAUGAUACACCACCUGAAUAUGAUGAAAGAGGAGCAAUGGGACCAAUUGCACCUAAAGGUGUAGGAUCUUUAAAACAACUUCAAGUAGAAAAAUUAAAAGACGAGAUAAAUUGUACAGGUGGAGUUAAGGUUAUCCUCAAAAAAGCCAUUUGCUAUCAUUGUCUUGCUUUGGUCGACGCUCUUGACUCUGUCUGGAUAUCCGGGUGGCAUACGACAAUACGACCAUAUCUUAAACAAGUAUUUCACAUAGGAGAUCAAGUUUUAUUUGUAAAUGGCCAAAAAGUUGAAAAUUCGAAAAUUGCCUACCAGUUAAUAAAAAGAACUAAAGAUGACGCUAAUGUCACUUUUCUUAUAAGGCGUAUUCCGUACGCUACAGUCUUUGUAAUUUCAAACCGAGAAGAAUCGCAAGACUUGGGCAUAGUUCGAAAAGGUGGAACAGCAGAAAUAAUUUCAGUAGUACAGGACAGUCUUGCUAAUCGCUAUGGGUUAUCCGUGUCAGCUCAUUUCGGAGGGCAGGAAUGUAAUUGGUUUCUCACGGAAAUUAAUGACCGGCCACUUAAUUUAUUCUUCAAGAGAGAUGAGAUUGAACAUAGGCUACAAGCUGUUGGUCAAGAUAUAUCUAUUGUUGUUCAACCAAUUACGUUUAUUGAGCUGCUGAAAGGGCAAUUGAAAAUGUUAAAACGUCAUGCGUCCUUUAUAAUGCAUUAA